AUGGAGCCCUUGGCCGAUUUUGAGUUCAAUUUGCCAGAAGCUGCUAAUGAAGCCUCGUACCUCCUUGAUGAUUGUACCACUCUCGAGUUUGCGCCAGAGACUGGAGCCGAUUCGCUCGUGUUUGCAGAAGAUAACCUUGAUCAUCUUACGAGGCAAUUACGAGCUGAAGCGAUUCGAAAUUCUUCGACCACAAUCGAACAAGUUAGAGAAGCGUUCCAGAUGACUGAAGAUGAGGAAAUCACUGUGAUGGAGAACAUCGACUAUGACAACUACAGGUUUCCUCCGUUAUAUGAACCUCUGAAUUUCCUCGAAAUGAAAGCUGCUUUGGGGGAUGGAAAUAUCACUGAUGCUUGUCGAAGUGCAAUUAUCACUGUACUUUACCAACAACAUUUCAAAGAGGAACUUGUAGGAGACAGAGCUUACAUGCUGAAGACUUUUAGUGAUCCUUCCAAAUGGAUUGAAAUUUCUUCCGAAGAAAGAUCUCAAAUAGUCAUUUCGGAGAACAUGCCUUCGGAAGAUGAUAUCGAUACACCCACUUACGCUGCCAAACAAAUCACUGUAUCCGAAGGAGAUUCAGAGGGUGCAACGACAUUGACAGCUGAAGGAAUAGCAGUUUAUUGUAUGAUCUCAGCGAGAAAGUUCGCCGAAGAUCUACAUAGAGAUAUUUCGAAUUAUACCUAUUCUACUCUCUCAGAUGUGCCGCAAGAGGUGUUGAGUAUGGUACCGACACGAACCGUUCCUCAAAUCAGCGCAUCAUGGGAUUCCGUCCAUCGUGCUUACGAAAUCGGGCUUAAUCAAAAGACAAGAGAGAGUAUUCUCAACGCCGAGCGACAUAGUAGACUUGAAACGUUCAGGAAUUGGCCUGUGACAACCCUCUGA